AUGCGAGUUCUUGUGCAUUCUGGCUUCUUUGUUGAGCUAGAAGAAGGCUAUGUGCUCAUACUCGCUUCAAGGCUCCUCCUAAAAUAUGAGUCAUUGAGUGUGAGAGCAUACGCCUUGAUGACUUUUCAUCUUGCUAUGGUGAAACCUUGGAGCUUCAUGAGCAAUUGGUUUCAGAAUGAUGAUAAUGUGCCCUUUUAUACAAUUGAACUGAAGAAUUUCUGGGAGUAUAACGCUAAAGAAACAAGCUUUAGCGAUUUGUUUAAUGCAGCCAUGGCUAAUGAUUCCAAGUUCAUCGUAUACUUGAUGAUGAAAGAGUGCAAGGCAGCAUUUGAAGGGUUGAGCUCAUUAGUGGAUGUUGGCGACGGCACGGGGAUCGUAGCCUGGGCCAUUGUUGAAUCAUUCCCUAACAUGAAGUGCACUAUGCUUGAUCUCCCACGCUUGGUUGCUAACUGCCAGGGGAGUGAAAAGCUAGACUUCGUUGGAGGGAGCAUGUUUGAGAUAUUGAAGAAAUGUAAAGAAGCAAUUGCAAGCAAGGAAAAUGGUGGCAAGGUGAUCGUCAUUGAUGUCGUGUUGGACAACCAGAAAGAAGAUGAUGGGUUUUUUUUAGCACAACUCUUUCUUGACACAACGAUGUUCGUUGUCUUAGCAUGUAAAGAAAGAGCCAGGAAAGAAUGGGCACAACUCUUCUAUGAAGCUAGUUUCAGUCACCACAAAAUCACUCGAGCUUUGGGAAUUAAGUCUCUCAUUGAGGCUUAUCCUUGA